AUGCCCAGACCGUCGCAUACAUAUCAAGUCGCCGCCGCUGUCGAAGGCUUCUUCUGGCCCAAGAUCUUUUGGGACUUUGCCACCAAAAACCUCGACGGCGCCGUAAAGCCCAUCCCCGUCCUGCAGCUCCUCAACCUCUUCUUCGGUCUCGGCAUGCUGGCUCUCGAGUGGCCACUCGGCGCCGUCGCCGGCACCAGCCUGCACCGUUCACUCGAGUUCCGCCUCAUCUUCCUGCCUCUCACCAUCCUGACCUCGGUUCUCAUGUACCAGUCCACCAACCCGGCCAUUUACUACCUGAUUGGCAUGGCCGUAUAUUUCUGGGCAUAUAGCGAAGGCGAGAUAAUAUGUGCCAAACCGUGGACGCUACCUCAGCGCAUGCCACGCAAUGGCCUCUCACGAGCAUAA